AUGCGCCGUUAUUUGCCCAAGUCUUCAUCAUGUCACCAGGAGUUCAGUAGUGAUGGUACAAAGCACGGCACGUUGACAUCCCCUCACUACCCAUCGCCGUAUCCGCCGAACACACACUGCCACUAUGAAUUUUUCGGCAGGGGCAAGGAGCGAGUUAGAUUAAUAUUUCAAGACUUCUAUUUGUAUAAAUCUGCUGAUGGAUCUAUUGAUUGCACAAACAUGGAUUCGUUGCAAGCCUUCGUCAACGUGGACGGGCGUUUGGAAAAAGUGGAAAACUUCUGCGGUAUCGAUCUCCCGAAGCCGAUUAUGUCGAACGGACCGAAACUUAUGCUUGAAUUCCGUGGAACGCAGUCAUCGAGAUACUCACGGGGAUUUAAAAUAUCAUACUCAUUUGUAGAAAAUUUUGGGAUAAGCACAGGGAGACAGCUGAAAGAGUUUCCAUGCGCGUUCGUGUAUAAUAGUAGUGAAGCGCGCAACGGGACAUUCGCUUCACCAAACUCUCCAGGCCCGUAUCCAAGGGAUACCGAGUGCACAUACUUCUUCCAUGGCGGCGAGACUGAGAAGGUGCAUCUGCAUUUCACGAAUUUUGACGUCGAAGGCGUUUUGCCAUGCGAGGCGGUGUCGGCGAGUGAUUAUGUCGAAUUUUCAAACUAUAUGACUGAAGACAAUAGAUUCGGUAGAUACUGUGGACAAAUGAAAGAGUUCCACGUGGAAUCGGACAGGAAUUUCUUCAAAGUUACUUUCAGGUCAAACGACCGCUUAGAUGGUACGGGUUUUAAGGCGAUCUAUCAGUUUUUAGAAGCAACUGAUGAGUACAGAGCUCCUCCCGUACAAGAUAAGGCUUCGAAUCCCUCAUGUAUAUUUGAACAUUUUCUAAUGCUCAUCAUCGUCGCGUUACUCCAGCUGCAUCAUCAACUAUAUCAUUAAAUAAAGUGAUAUUAGAUUAAAUUAGUCUAUAAUCCUGUAUAUUUUGUAUAAUAGUAUGUGCCAUACACCUGUAAUUACGUAGAUAUGCAAUAUUUUCUAUAAAAUCGCGUUCUUUUAUGUUUUCCUCUAUUGAAUACCAACUUAAAGCAAUAUCAUGCGAAACACAAUCAAGAUUUUAUUCAUAAAGGCACGUCGUAAAAUGAAAUAAAUUAU